AUGGGCGUGUCCCGUGCUGUACUUGAGAAUGUGAUUUUCUGUCACCAGGAAGAGUCGUCAUGGCCUUUGCAAGAUGCUGGCAGUGUCAAGAAGCGCUUCGAUGACAUAUUUGGAGCAACACGAUACACCAAUGCUCUGCAAAACAUCAAAGAAGUGCAACGUGAUUGGACCAAAACUACCCGGGAUCGCAAAGCUGAUGCAGACUUGUCUCAGGCCCAUCUUGAUCAAGCUCGGAAGCUCGGUGGCCAAAAAGAAGACCGGGAACGGAUUGCCAAAGAACUUUCGGCCGAGCUGGAGACCUUGGAUUCAAAACUUGGUGGAAUCAACGACGAACUGCAGAAGGCAGAGCUAGAUUUAGCACAAUAUGAAAGUUGUGGCAUCCGUGUAGCUGAGCUGAAAGGUUUGAUAGGUAGGUGUCAGAAGGAGAAGCAGGAAACCUCUGAUGCCAUGAAGCAAAGAGGGCAAGACAUUUUUAGGGAGUCCCUUGCUGAACUGGAGGAGCAGUCCAGGCAAUUCAAUGAGCGUGUGCUCGUGCAAAGUGAUCAGCAAGUGAAACAGGCCAGAGCGGAAUUGGCCAAGGGUGAAUCUGUCUAUCACGCAGCUGUGAAUGCAGCACGUCAGCUACGUGAAGAUAUGGGAGAGACAGUUGCGGCUGCUGAACUCUUAACAUCUCGCAAGGCUGACCUGAAAAGCCGUUUGCAGCAAGCAAAGGAACCGUCGGUUGAAGCCCUUCGUGCCAAACUAGACUCAGAAGCGGCCAAGUUUGCUCAAGCAGAGCGAGAGCAAAGGCAGCGAGACUCCCAGGCUGAAGAAAGCAUUGCUGCGACGGAGCGUGCCUUGCAAGAGGCCUCACUCGAAGCCUCCAAGCAUGAAUCCAGAAUCCAAGAUGCGACAAAAGCCAUCUCACGAUUGGAGGAAGAAGCCAAAACCUUGGCCCGAGCAGCACCAGAUUUGGAUGCUUUGGUUCGCGGUUUGCGAGAAAACGAGGCUGCAUUGAGCGCAGAAGGAAAUGAUGCGCGACUUCGGCGCCUUGAAGCACGGCAAGAAGAAAUUGGAAGGCGCAGACACGACUUGCAGUACUCCUUGUCUCGCAAGAGCAGCGAGGUUGCACAGCUAGAAGCGCAGAGCAGUGUACAUGCAGAAGUGGAUGCUUUGCGACAACGCUUACGAGAAGCAGAAGGAGAUCUUGGCAAAAAAGUUGGAGAUUUGCGAGCAGGGCUGGUGCCUUUGCUGGGACAGAUGCCUGAAGCUGCUGAAGCAGAAGCCAAGGUUGUUGCUGCCCUGCAGGAUUCGCAGUCCCUCCUUCAGCAACAAACCAAAAAGUGCCAAGACAUGCAAAAUCGCAUUGGUGUUGCUGUUGCAAAGAAAGCCGCAGCUGAAGCUGAGCUUCAGAGACUCCAACAAGAAGAUGGCCGGAUUGCUGCAGAACUUGGAGUGCCUUCAGCAACCUCAGGAGCCAGUCACAGCAGCGCAGCAAGUGAAUUCAAGGCUCGCCUGCAAGACGUGAAGCAACAGAUUGAGCUCGCUCGCAAAGACGUGUCCAUGACAGAGAGUGCCAAACACAUGUACGAAAAGUUCUGUGAGAAGUCCCGCUCCAAAAACAUUUGCCAGUUUUGCAAACGAGCAUUCUGUGGAGAUGGGGACAUCGCGACUUUUGAAGAUGCCAUGGAGAAGUUGAUAGCGAAGAUCCCAGGCUUCUUGGAGUCUAGCCAUCAAAAGCUCAAUGAAGUCCAAUCCCAAGAGACGGCUUUGGAGUCUCAGCGUCCUCGCUGGGACCGCUUGGAGCAGUUGCGCAAGGAUGAAGUUCCACGGCGCCAGAAAGAGCUGCAACCAGCCAUGGAAGAAGAGAGAUCCUUGCAGAGACUGUUGGAGCCAGAGGAGCGAGAACGCAGACGAUUGGAAGAACGAGUCAAAGCACUUCAUGAAUUGCGCCCUGAAGCUUCUGCUUUGCAGCGACUCUUCAACUCUGUGGAGGAGUUGCGAGGUGCUGUGCGAAGCAAAGAAGCCAGGCUUCUCGGUGCCAACUCCAACGUUUCACUGCAGGCGGAAAGAGACCAAUUGCGAGCACUUCAAGAACAAUUGGUCGAACUUGGAAAGGAGGAAGACUCUGUGCGAAUGCAGAGAGAUCUGCUUGCCAAGCAGCAGGAGCAGCUGCGAACGCAGAUUGCAGAGCAGAAAGGACGCAUGCAACUUUUGCAAUCCCAAGUUGCUCGAAGAACCGAUGUGGACUCUGAAUUGGCUGUUCGAAAGGUAGAGUUACAGGAAAGCACCGAGGCUGCCCGACGAGCACGAGCUACUGCAGACUCCACGUUUGCUCGAGCCAAGCAGCUUCGCGAUGAACGCUCCCAGAACGUCACACGCUUCAGACACGACUUGGACAUUCAGGACGCAAAAGUGCGCAAUCUUCAGAGAGAAGUGGAUGCGUUGACUGAGCUCAGCAAGUCAAUUGAUGUGAUGCAGGGCCGGGUGGAGAAUGCAGAUGCACUGAAGGCAAAGCUGGCAGCAGCUGACAACACUGUGAGAUCAUCGGAGCGGGAGCUUGAAGGCCUUCGUGCACGACUCGAGGGCGCAGAAGACAAACGGAAGAAGAAGGAGGCUGUGAGAGAGGCAUUGCUGGCCAACAUCCGACUCAAGAAGAUUGAAGUGGAAGCUCAGCAACACCAGCAAGAAAUCGAUACUUUGUUGAAAGACUUGGGCGGCAGAGAUGUUGAAGCUUUACGCCAGCAGCUGGCAACAAUCCGAUUGAGGAGCACAGAGUUGCAGAAGCAGCGUUCUUUUCGCGAAGGUGAGCUUGUCCAGACACGAGAAAGCAUCAGAGCGCUUGAUUUGGAGCUUGCUUCUCCGCUGUAUGCAGGAGUGGAACAGCGUCACCGCGAAGCCACCAUUCGGCAUGAAUCUGCAGCCCUCGCUUCCAAGGACCUGGGCCGCUACCAUUCAGCACUUGACAAGGCCUUGAUGAAAUUCCAUUCUCUCAAGAUGGCGGAAAUCAACAAGACCAUCAAAGAGCUGUGGCAGCGAGUGUACCGUGGAAGAGAUAUCGACUAUGUAGCAGUAAGGUCAGAUUCGGAAGAGGGUGAUGGAGAAGCAGGUCCAGUAGAUUCAAGUGCAACUGGAAGGGCUUUGCGAUCCUACAAUUACCGCGUAGUAAUGGUCUGUGGCGACGCUGAAUUGGACAUGCGUGGGCGAUGCAGUGCUGGACAGCGCGUGCUUUGCUCCCUCAUCAUCCGUCUAGCACUGGCAGAUUCUUUUUGUGUGAAUUGUGGCGUUCUGGCACUUGACGAGCCAACUACAAACUUGGACGCUGCCAACAUUCGAGGAUUGGCUGAGGCCCUUGCUGCUCUUAUUGAAGCCAGACGAGCACAAUCAAGAUUCCAGCUGGUGCUUAUUACCCACGAUGAGGUGUUUGUAAAUCGUCUUGCCCAGCUGCAAGUGUGCGAUUGGUUCUAUCGGAUUCAUAAAGAUGAAUCUGGAUGCUCGAAGAUUGACAAGCAAAGGAUUCAGCUGUUUGGGGACUGA